GCCAUCUCAUGAACGUGGAAUCCUCACUUUGCAGACUGUAAGCUUGAUCAGACCACAUAGUUGGACUGCACCUCGAAUCGCCGAGGAAUAUACCAUUUAUUACUUAAUUUGUUUUUGUCACAAUGACUUACAAUCGCCUCUCCUCCACUUCUGUUCCCUGCCCCACCUGUCGCGGCACCGGUAACCUUCCGAAAGACUCUGUCGCUGAGUAUGUUGCGUUGAUCCCGCUCUCCGACAGUCGACUUCGACCUCGUCGUACAUGGCUUAAGAUCGCAGCGGCUGUCGCACUUUGCCUCACCGUGUUCACAUUGUUACUGACAUUUUUAUUCCCUCGUGCUAUUCGGCUUAGUAGCACAGAACCAAAAGUGUAUCCGUCCUCAUCUAUGAUCGAUGAUAACUUGGGCACCGUUGAUCUUGAUCUAACAGCUACGGUCAACCUGACGAAUCCCAACUUCGUCCCCGUCUCCGUAACUGAGGUGUUGGUCAGCUCCAAGUAUCAUUUGCUUGUCUUAAACGAGCUCACUUAUCGUCCCAAUGUGACAGUCUCCCCGAGAAGCACUCAGGCGAUCGAUGUGCCCAUGUGUUUACACUUCACCAACCAGCAAUCCUUCAUAGCACCCAAACGUUUGCAUUGCACUGAUUGUGGGGAAAGCGUCAACUCGGGCUGGGAUUGACUUCCGGGCUGUUUGAACGAUCAAAAUCGAUAAUUUGUGACAAGGAUACAGAUGGUAAACCAAGUGAACAUGCAUACACAAAGCUCAGUAGUCCGAAGUAAUUAAGUAGUAUAAUCUGCAAAAUGCCCUCCCCAUAUAUCCACGAGAUCUACAUCUCUUUCAGCUUUCAGAUGAAGUGUUCCCUACUGUGGCAACCCGUGGAAGCUACAAUCAACACGAUGCAACUCGUCAACUGUUAUCCGACAAACACCACUGCCACCGUCCCUGUUAUGUGAUGGAUCACACUCUCCUCCACCCCCCACCCCCAGUACGUGUACUACUUGUCUGCAUUUGAAGACCAUGUGAACAUCUUUGCUCUUUCGAGUAUUGAUUUAAUUUCAUCUGUGCUUAUUUCCAUUUGAUUCUUUUAUUCUCAAUCGCAUUUCACUUAGCGUUCCACCGCCGUUUGUCAUCAUUUGUGCAAAUUCGAUUGCCAUUUUUGAAUUCAAUCUUCUAUUGUCGGUACGACGAGUAUGCCGAGGACGGAUGCUGAGUAGAUACAGGAACUUAGACCGCCGUGUAGUUAAACCAAAAGGGUUUUUGGGAAACCCUAGCUGAGUCCGCAGCAGUCAUGUCG